CCAUCUUCUUUCUCUUCCUUUCUUUCCUUUCUUCUUCUCAUCUUCUUCUCAUCUUCUAUCAAUUUCAUUUCCCUCUCUCCCCUCUUUAUCCCUAUGCGGUUCGCAUUGUAGCUGGACCCGACUCCUCUAUACUCUAGCUCCAGCGACUCCUCCCUACCACUCCUCCCGGUGCUUCGGGGUGCUUCUCAUUGAAAUGGCCGCCUCGUGGUGCGCCCUGCGUGGCUCCCGUCAGCUCGCUCUGCGCUCUAGAUUACACCCUGUGCCGUCCAUUGCUCUGCGGAGGACGACUCCCAAGACAUACCUUCCCGCAUCCCGUGCCCUGCACACCACCACCACCACCACCACCACCCGACGACCCGUCUAUACCAGCUCUGUAGCGGAUCAUGGCGUUCCACACCCCCGUGAUAUCUUCCAGCCCCUGGACACGUUCCCCAGACGCCACAUUGGCCCCUCCCCAGACGCUGCCCAGGAGAUGCUCGCCACUCUCGACCCCCCCGUGGCAACGCUCGAUGAAUUCGUGAAGCAGGUCCUGCCCGCGGAUAUCCUGUCCCAGAAGGACCUGGCGGUGACCGCCCCGAGUGCGGAUACUGGUCUGCCCCGUAGCUCUGUGCACGGUGGUCUGGGAGAGACCGAUAUGCUGCAGCUGUUGGAUCAGUAUCGGAAACAGAUUGAUGUCUCCGGCAAGACCUACAUCGGGGCCGGUUACUACCCGACCAUUGUGCCUCCCGUCAUUCUCCGCAACAUCCUGGAGAACCCCGCCUGGUACACCAGCUACACCCCCUACCAGCCCGAGAUCAGUCAGGGCCGUCUGGAAUCGCUCCUGAACUUCCAGACCCUGACCGCGGAUCUCACGGGCCUCCCCUUCGCCAAUGCCUCCGUGCUCGAUGAAGGCACCGCCGCCGCCGAGGCCAUGACCAUGUCCCUGGCCACGCUGCCGGCCGCCAAGCAGAAGAGGCCCGGCAAGGCCUAUGUGGUCUCGCAUCUGUGCCACCCCCAGACCAUUGCCGUCAUGCAGUCUCGGGCCGAGGGCUUCGGGAUCAACCUGGUGGUGGGCGAUAUUCUGGCCAACGACCACCAGCUGGUCAAGGAGCAAGGCGACAACCUCAUUGGCGUGCUGGCGCAGUACCCGGACACCGAGGGCGGUGUCUACGAUUACCAAGGGCUGAGCGACACCAUCCACGCGACGGGCGGUACCUUCAGCGUUGCCACCGAUUUGCUGGCCUUGACCGUCCUGAAGGCCCCCGGCGAGUUCGGCGCGGAUAUCGCCUUUGGCAACGCCCAGCGGUUCGGCGUCCCCAUGGGCUAUGGUGGUCCGCAUGCCGCCUUCUUCGCCUGUGCCGACCAGUACAAGCGCAAGGUCCCCGGCCGGGUGGUGGGUGUGUCCAAGGACCGUCUGGGCAACCGUGCCUUGCGAUUGGCGCUCCAGACCAGAGAACAGCAUAUCCGCCGUGAAAAGGCCACCAGCAACAUCUGCACUGCGCAGGCCCUGCUGGCCAACAUGAGUGCGAUGUACGCCGUCUACCACGGCCCCGCCGGACUGAAGGCCAUCGCUCAGCGCAUCAUGUCCAUGACCACAACCCUGCAAACCCAGCUGGCGGCGCUGGGCUUCCACGUCCCCAUCAAGUCCAACACGCAGGACGGCGCCACCCUCUUCGACACCGUCGUCGUGGAACUAUCCAGCCGCGACGAGGCUGAUGCCCUCGUGGCGGCGGCUCGCGCGCAAUCCAUCUUCCUCCGCCGCGUGUCCGCCACCAAGGUCGGUGUCUCCCUAGAUGAGACGGCUGGCCGCGAGGACGUGAAGAACAUCCUGCAAGUCUUCGCCACCUAUGCUACCAAGGGCGAGGUGGCCCUGACGGAGCCCCUCGGCCUGGCGUCGAUCCCCGCCAGCCUCGCGCGGUCCUCCGCCUACCUGACACACCCCGUUUUCAACACCCAUCACUCCGAGACGGAAAUGCUGCGAUACAUCCAUCACCUGGAGUCCAAGGAUCUUUCCCUGGCCCACUCGAUGAUCCCGCUGGGUUCUUGCACCAUGAAGCUCAACGCUACCACCGAAAUGAUCCCCGUCUCGUGGCCCGAAUUCUCCCAGAUGCACCCUUUCCUCCCCGCCGACGUCGCCCAGGGUUACACUCGCAUGAUUGAUGACCUCGAGCAGCAGCUGGCCGAUAUCACGGGCAUGGCCGAGGUCACCGUGCAGCCCAAUUCCGGCGCGCAGGGCGAAUUCGCCGGUCUGCGUGUGAUCAAAAAGUACCUGGAAGCCAACGGCGGCUCCAAGCGCAACAUCUGUCUGAUCCCCGUCUCGGCCCACGGAACUAACCCCGCCAGUGCCGCCAUGGCCGGCAUGAAAGUGGUCACCAUCAAGUGCGACACCAAGACCGGCAAUCUCGAUCUCGAGGAUCUCGCGGCCAAGUGCGAGAAGCACCAGGAGGCGCUGGCGGCCAUCAUGAUCACCUACCCCAGCACCUUUGGUGUGUACGAGCCGGGCGUCAAACAGGCCUGCAACCUGGUCCACCAGUAUGGUGGCCAGGUUUACAUGGACGGAGCCAACAUGAACGCCCAGAUCGGUCUGUGCUCUCCCGGCGAGAUCGGAGCCGAUGUCUGCCAUCUGAACCUGCACAAGACGUUCUGUAUCCCCCACGGUGGUGGUGGGCCUGGUGUCGGCCCCAUCGGAGUCGCAGAGCACCUCCGGCCGUUCCUCCCCUCGCACCCGGCCAGCGAGUACCUCCAAGCCAAGCGCUCCGAGUCAUCCUCCCCGCCCAUCAGUGCCGCCCCCUGGGGCAGCGCCAGCAUUCUGCCCAUCACCUUCAACUACAUCAACAUGAUGGGCGCCAAGGGCCUCACCCACGCGACCAAGAUCACCCUGCUCAACGCCAACUACAUCCUGGCCCGUCUGAAGCAACACUACCCGAUUCUUUACACCAACGAGAACGGCCGCUGCGCCCACGAGUUCAUCCUGGACGUCCGCAAGUUCAAGGAGACCUGCGGCGUCGAGGCCAUCGACAUUGCCAAGCGUCUGCAAGACUACGGCUUCCACGCCCCGACCAUGUCCUGGCCCGUGGCCAACACUCUGAUGAUUGAGCCCACGGAGUCGGAGAACAAGGCCGAGCUCGACCGCUUCUGCGACGCCCUGAUCUCCAUCCGCCACGAGAUUGCCGCUGUCGAGAGUGGUGCGCAGCCGCGCGACGGCAACGUGCUGAAGAUGGCCCCCCACACCCAGCGCGAUCUCCUCGCCACCGAAUGGGAUCGUCCCUACGCUCGCGAAACCGCCGCCUACCCUCUUCCUUACCUUCUCGAGAAGAAGUUCUGGCCUUCUGUGACGCGUGUGGACGACGCAUACGGUGACCAAAACCUCUUCUGCACGUGCGGACCGGUGGACGAUACCGAAUAGUUAUGAUGAUACCCAUGUUUUCACUAUACAUAUACCGACAUAUUUUCAACACCCCAGUGGAUUCUGGAAGGCAGUGCCGUGGGAUUCAACAUGGUUCUGAUAGACGGCGUUUAGGUUAGAUUCAACAUAGGCAUAGCAUUUCUUCUUUUCUUCUUCCUUUUUCCUCUAUAAAUGAAAUACCAAAGAUCAAU